AUGUCCGACGACAACAAGGGAGCACCGCGCGCGCCGCUCAACAUCCCCGCCGGGAAUAGUCCGAUCACCCCGGAUCGUGACGCUACGUUUGACCCGGAGGCGGAGAAGCUCACGGGCAACUGGUGGGAGGACCGGAAGCGGGCACUCAAGCGAGUCUCUACCGACGACUUCUCCAUGGAGCAUGCGGGCCAGGUGCCAUGCUUGCGUUCAUCGUUGCUGUACGCCAUCUCAGGUGGUGUCGGCAUCGGUGCGAUUCGAUUCCUUGGGACCAGGAGAGUGUACAGCUCGUGCAACUGGGCAGUACUUGGCGGGUGUGCCAUUGCGGUCGGCGCUUGGGAGAUGUGCAACGCACAGAGGAGGGAAGAGCUGCGCAACAUGCGCAUGAUCCAAGACAAGUUCCCCCAUCGCCACGUCUCCAACCUCAAGCGCCCCAACCAGGACUGGCAGCCACCAACCCAAAACAAGGAGUAG